AUGCCGAAUGGAACAUUAGAAGUGAUCGUUGUUGAAGGACGAGAUCUGAAAGAUAAAGAUUUAAUGGGUCAAAAUGAUGCUUUUGUUGAAAUUUAUAUUGAUAAAAAAUAUAAACAACGAACAACAACAAUAUCAAAUACAAAUAAUCCAAUUUGGAAUGAACGUUUUUCUUUUAAUUUACAAAAAAAUGAUGAAACAAUUCAUUUUGAUGUUUAUGAUGCUGAUCUCAUUGGAAGAGAUUCAAUUGGAAAUUGUAAAAUCAAACUUAAACAUGUUUUUGAUGAUGGAAAAUAUGAUGAAUGGAUCAAAUUACCUUCGAUGUUUGGUCUUUCAUCAAAAGGACAAAUUCAUAUUAUUAUGAAUUUUAUUCCAUCGUAA